AUGCAUCUCACCCAGCUCAACCGUGAGUGUCUUCUUCACCUUUUCUCCUUCCUGGACAAGGACAGCCGGAAGAGUUUGUCCCUUACUUGUCACCAUCUGCGUGAGGUCUUCCUGGAACCCUGCCUCUGGAAUCUGCUCCACUUCACCUCCCCGUGCCAGCUGAGGAGGGACAACUUUGUGCUGGGAUCCUCACUACGGUACCUGACAAUUUGCUGGUAUUCCAGCAGAGUCCUGCAAGUGUGCAACAUUGAGGACUGGCUGAAGAGCUCGUUCCAGAAGGACAUUUGCAGUAAACACGAGGCCCUGGUCAGUGCUUUCCUGGCCCAUGUCUGCCACAUGUGUCCCAACCUGCGUUCCCUAACUCUGUCUGGCUGUGGACACAUCACUGACCAGGAUGUGAUUUCUGUGCUGCAGAGCUGUAAGAAGCUGUGCUGUCUCCACCUGGAGAACUGUGUCCGCAUCACAGACCGCAGUCUGGAAAGUGUGGUGGCUCAUGGAGACAGUCUGGAGGAGGUGAAGGUGGACUUUUGCAGGAACAUCUCUCAGGCAGGCCUGCAAGCUGUCAGAGACAAGAGGCCGGGCAUUCAGCUGAGUGCAGAGAGGAGCGCUGAUAUGAUUCCUGAUAGCAAGCCUGAGGAGAGGGUGCUGGUCAGGAGGACGCUGCAGAAAGUCCUGCAGUUCUCCUGAGGGUUCGGGUUGCCUCUGCAUCCUUUCACGUGAACCUAGAUUAAAGGCUUUUUUUUUGUACAUUUGGCCAUAAUUUAAGGACUUGCCUGCAUUAUUCUUUAGUUUUAUUUGUAUUUAUAUUUAAUACAGCAUC